CCCAGAUGUAACCUAAAUGUGUAGAUCCUGACAGUUUGACUCAACCUGCAUUAUUUCUUCAUUGCAGACUUGAAUUAUAACUUUCGCUUGUCUCGUACUUUUCCGAGGCAUUGUCACUCUGCUCUCUUUCUUCCACUUCAAUCGCUCCUUAAUCACGCAGUCUUGCCUUCUAUGAGUACACACAAUGGCACCCUCUACCACAUCCGCCUCAGCACCCGCUGGCCCCACAGCCACCGAACCUGAAGGGACAAAACAAUACGCCUCCAUAGUCCCCCAGGAAGAUCGUCGUCUAGAACUCCAACGCACCAUCUCGACCGUGAGUCACCAUGACAUGCCGAUAGUCAGCUACAUUGCCACGGGCGACAAUGACGAAAAGUACAAUAUAUUUUCAGUACGCCGAAAGACAAUUAUCCUUGCUAUCAUGUCGUUUUGUAGCUUCUUGGCUCCCAUGUCGUCGACAACGGUCUUGUCUGCGGUGCCGGAAGUUGCUGAGACGUUCGGUACGGAUGGAAGUAUUAUCAAUGUGUCGAAUGCAUUGUAUAUGCUGUUUAUGGGCAUUAGUCCUUGUUUUUACGGGCCGUAUGGGAAUAUCUAUGGCAGGAAGUGGGUCUCUGUAGCAAGCGCCACACUGUUCACUGCCUUCUCCAUUGGCACCGCCCUGGCACCCAACCUGGCAUCUUUCUUCAUCUUCAGGAUCCUUACUGCUUUCCAAGGCACUGCGUUCCUCGUCAUUGGUUCUGCGGUUAUUGGAGACAUCUACAAGCCUACUGAGCGCGCAACGGCCCUUGGGUGGUUCAUGUCUGGGACCUUGAUCGGGCCUGCUCUAGGUCCCUUCAUCGGUGGCAUUAUCGUAACCUUCCGCAGCUGGCGUGACAUCUUCUGGCUGCAAACCGCCCUCGCCGGCGCCGCAGCUGUCUUUUGCUUCUUCCUGCAGCCUGAAACCAUCCACGUCAAACGCUCCGAGGAACUCCAGGGCUUGCCAGCAUCAGAGAAAGCGCAUAAGAUGUGGCAGUGGCUCAAUCCCUUUCGCGUUCUCCGCCUAUAUCGCUACCCGAAUUUAUUCCUAGUCGCUUUGUCAUCAUCUUCAUUAGUAUGGAACAUGUACUCGCUCCUCACACCAAUCCGCUACGUCCUCAAUCCCCGCUUCAAUCUGCAGUCCCCCCUACAGUCUGGACUCUUCUACAUUGCACCCGGCUGCGGUUAUCUCGUCGGCACCUUCGUAGGAGGCCGAUACGCCGAUCACAUUGUCAAGAAGUACAUUUGCAUCCGCGGCCACCGCGUCGCUGAGGAUCGCUUGCGCAGCUGCCUGGUCUUCCUCGGCGGUGUCAUACCAGCGUGCAUGAUCAUUUAUGGAUGGAGCGUGGAGAAGAGAGUGGGCGGUGUGGCGCUACCCGUGGUCAUGAUGUUUCUGCAGGGCGUGGCCCAAUUAUUUUGCUUUCCUAGCUUGAAUACGUAUUGUUUGGAUGUUAUGCAGAGUCGCAGCGCGGAAGUCGUUGCUGGAAACUACUUCAUGCGCUACGUUUUUGCGGCUGCGGGUUCAGCUGCGUGUCUUCCAGCUGUUCGCGCCAUUGGCGUAGGGUGGUUCUCUACUAUCAGCGCUCUGUUCCUCGUCGCUGGUGCGGCUGCUACGUAUGUGACUGCGCUGUAUGGGGAGAGUUGGCGCGUAGCUAUUGAUGAGAAGAAGGCGGCAAAGAAAGAAGGGGACAAUAAGGUGUAAGAUAUUACCAUAGACGUCGCUAUGUUGUUUGAGCAUUUGGGAGUAUCAUGGCGUUUGCAUUCGGACAAGGCGCCAAGGGCAUGAUCAUUUGGGACAUAAUCGAGGGAAGAUAAUAGAGUAAUGAGAGUUUAAUAGAUAAACAAAUGAUACCAAACGGCUU